UCAGACAUAAUCGUCAAAUUGAAACAAAAUGAAGCCAUUACUGCUUCUACUGUUUAUACUAGUGGUAGUGACUGUGAAUGGAGUUGAAAUCGAUUGGAGUAAGGCGCGUCCCAUCGCAGACUUCGAUAACUGGGAUGAAUUAAAGGAGCAGUUGGACAUUUGGCGUAUUCCACAACACAAUCCCAGGAUAAUCAAUGGAAUGGCAGCCAGUAUCGGUCAGUUUCCGUUCCAAGUGUCGUUAUAUGUCAAUAUGGGAUCUAAUCUAGCAUUAUGUGGCGGUUCAGUGUUGACUCAGAACUAUGUGUUAACGGCGGCGCAUUGUGUCGCAGGUGCUAGCGGAGGCAUGGCUAUAUUUGGCGCUUACAACCGCGUUAUCGAAGAUUCGCAAAGGCAAACCGUUAACUUUACUGCUAGUGAUGUUACCAUUCAUCUGCAAUACGUCGUAAACAGUUUUUUAAACGAUGUGGCCACCAUUAGAUUGAACAAUCCUAUCACCUACACUGAUCGUAUUCGUCCUAUUCGGCUACCACCUCCGGAGGAACAACGUUCAUUUGCUGGAUUGGAAGGAACCAUUACCGGAUAUGGAAGAACCUCGGCAGACAGCCAAGAUCUAUCCGAAGUAUUACGCUACACGAGCGAUUCGAUUUUAACUACUACCAAAUGCGUGGAGCAGUGGGAAAACAGAUACAUUACCGAGCAGCACAUUUGCCUCUCUGCUGAUAACAGCCGAUUCGCGUGCAAUGGUGAUUCCGGAGGGCCACUAACGGUGACCGAAAAUAGCCAAACACUGCAAGUGGGGAUUGCAUCCUUCGCUGCUACUAACUGUAUUGGCCGGCCCACUGUUUAUACCCGUGUUUCUUACUUUCUGCCCUGGAUCGAGGCAAAUUCCGAUUACAGGUCAGGAGGAAUCCACUCAGCUAAACUAAACUCCAUGCUGUUGGUGUUGCUUUCGUGUUUUUUUGUUCAUACUUUUGUGAACUCAAAUAAAAAUGAUCUUUAACACUAGCUUGUUAUCAGAAUGAAAAUUAUGUGUACCCCGAAUGGAUGAUAAUGUGAAAAAAUGGACUUACAA